CAUCACGUACGUCAUACAAGUAGUGAUAAAAGUGUUUUGUUUUUAAAAAUAAAAAAUUUGUAAGUGGAGUGUUUACUUAGACAUAUCCGUAUACACCAAUUAUAUUUAUAAUAAUAAGACCACAGUGAAAUGACCGUUUAUUACUCCUCAUUUGAAAUCGUUUAUUUAAAAUAAAAAAUCUUCAAAGUAUUAAAUUUUGAAAACAGUGUUCAAUAAUCAGGACUAGCGUCAAACUGAAAAACAUCGUCGGAUUCCCAAAUAUAACAAACAAAAUCAAGGAAAAAUGUUUAAGCAACCCUUGUGUUUACUGUUUUAAGUCCACGUGGGCGCUUGCGCUAUGAGUACCGCAUUUAAAAAUCACUUAUUAGUAAAGGUUGUAUGUGAGUUGUGUGUAGCGGUUCAUACGUCUUUUUGUAAGUCAUGGUGACCGUCGUCCGGCAGUGCGACCACCCGCCCGCUACCACCGCACACCACUCGCCACUCGCUAACCGCCACCACGUCCCACUCGUUCCAUAAUAUACCAUAACUCGGACGAUUACAAAAACCAUGUAACGACAAUGCCAACGCUAGAUAUUCGCGAAGCAAACGCGUUUACCGUUAUUAAUAAUGAGGAUAAGCACGCCCGGGGGCAACGGAACGUGAAUAUUGUGAAGCCGCUUCAACGCGAUGACGAUUCAGACGUAACGAAAACGGGUAAGGAGCAGGUGACCGACAGGAUGGUGGCCGUCACCCCCCAGACGAUACUUGAUCCGAAGUUCUCGCGGGCACUUGACUUUAAGCUUCGCCGUUUAAAGGAAAAGGAAAUUUUGGAAGCCAAUCUCAGACGACCAACACGCCAACGACGCCGCGCCGGGGCUUUAGCUGCGUCCAAUCCCAGUAUUAACUGGAAGGAUUCCACGCCUCCCAAGAAGAUGUUGAGUCAGUCCCAGCCGCGUAUUGACAUUAUUUCUUGUAAUGGAGAAUCAUCCAAAUUUUCAAGAAAUGAUAAAUCGCCGGUGUGUAAAAGCCGCAGUAGGGUGUCUGGUAUUAGCGAAGGAGAGAAGCCAAGAUUUGUGACGACUGUGAAAACUGGUCAGUUUUUGCUACCUCCGCCUGACGUGGCUUGUCUGCUCGGUCUGCAGACACUGUAUCCUCCUCAAGAAAGGGAGAAAAUAGUUUAUUCAUAUGCAAGCAAACCGAAAGCAGUUGCUACAAGGACAAAGCGGGCAUCAGAAACGAAGACUGAGAAAGUACCUAACGGUCUACCUACAAAUAUUAAUAACACUAGACCCAAAAAUGCCAGUGAAGCAUUCAAAGGUGUCCGUGCUCUCAUUGCAGGAGUGGCUUGGGUAAAACAUCUUCUUGAACAAUCAGACAACGUUGGUAGCAUGGCAACGGGAGUGGCUGGUAGCCAGGGUUAUACUAACCUGAUGCAUGAUAAAAGAGUUGUCCGAGGAAGCACCUUUUCCUCGCACCCUCAUGCCGCUGGCGAUGGCAUCGAGAGUAACGCUGCUCGGGCAGCGCGUACCCGCAGACGUACUCUGGCCCGGAGAGCAGCACUUGCGAGAUUACGCCCUGGGACGCCACCCCCGGCACCGGGAAGACGACACCAUCCAAUACAAACUGAAUAUUACCUGGAGGAGUUGUUCGAUAAGGGUGUGGAGAUGGAAGUGGGAGUCCAGACAGAUCUAUUCGUAGACCGUCCGGCAACUCCUAUAUAUGUACCUGCUAAGACUGGCGCAGAUGCUUCUACUCAAAUAUACCCUGGAGACCUGUUCGAUUUCGACCUAGAAGUACAGCCAAUACUAGAAGUCCUCGUCGGAAAGACGACAGAACAAGCUUUAGCAGAAGUGGCUCAAGAAGAAGAACUGGCCACUCUCAGGGAACAACAGAGACGAUACCGUGAACUGAGAGAUGCAGAACUUGCUGAGAGACAGAGAUUAGCGGCGCAAGAUGAACGACUUCAGAAAGAGAAGGAGCGUCGUAUUGCUGAAGCAAGAGCUGCUGCAGUGUCUGGUCGGGAGGCUCGGUCCCGCGUGGCUGCUGCCGCCUUGGUCCAUGGCUACGUAGCUGAUCUUCUCCCAGCUGUACUGGCUGGUCUAAGGGACGGAGGAUACCUUGUGAGGAGAAUGCAGCAAGGCGUCGAAGACGAAUUUAUGCCUUGGCUUGUGCAAGAAGUCUCUCAAGAGUUGGAGUCGAUCAUAACAAGCAGGGACGUUAUCACCGAAAUUGUACGAGACGUAGUCGAGGCUCGGGCUGAACUAUACGGAGCUGUCGGAGAAACUGAGGCUCAAAGAGUAUCACCACCGGAGUCGAUCACGCCAAUGUCAGAAUUAGAGGGAGAAGUCGAAGCCGAAAUGAAUGAAGAAUAGCCGAGGGAAACGGCAUUCGUAAGGAGUUACGUUAGAUUGUCAACGUGAGAACUAGUUGUAGUACAUUAGACGUAUUUAUUUAAAUUGUUUUAUAAAUUAACCAACAUUUUAAUGUUAGUCCAUAAAGAAAUGUCGACAAAAAGCUGAUUAAUGUUGUACAUAAAUUAAAAUAACUUUAUUAUUUGCGUAUUUCUAUUCGAUUAACUAUUUCAUUAUAUUUUAUGAGAGUUUUGCAUCGAUGAUUUAUAAAAUCAUAUCCAUUGAGAUGACUUAUACAACUGUGGGUUAAAAAUGCUCAUACACUCAUUUGCACUAAUUAUUAUGUAAUUAAUGUUGUGUGGUUAUAAAAUAUUUGUUACUGUUUUGUUAACUUAAAGUUACGUGAAAUCAAAAAUUUUAGCAACAAAAUUCUUUUAAACUUUUGUUUGAUUGUAUAAGAAUAUUAAUAAUCCCAAAUUAUCGUGUUAUGAUUACGUUUUAAAAGGUAAGUUAUACACUUUGAAAGCAUAGUGUACUAUGUUAGGACAUUUCGAAGAUUAACUGAAUAAAUUAAAAGUUGGUGAAGUCACGUGAUCUUGUUAAAGUUUUUAAAUAAAAUUUUUGCAAUCAAA